CCGAAGCAUCCCAAGCUCGCUCGCUCGCACCACCGUACCUCGGCGAGACGGCGACCGCCCCCCAUGCCGUCGUCGUCGCCGGCGAUGGCACUCCAGCACCCACCACCGCCGCAGGAGCUCGACCUGGAAUCCUUCCUCCCGUCUUCUCCCACCUCAUCCUCAGCCUCCGACGCCGACGCCGAUCACCGCCGCGCCGUCGACGACCUGCUCCUCCUCCACUCCUCGUCGGACUCCGACUCCGACGAGCCAACACACAGCCCCAGCCUCACCCCCAAAACCCUAGCCCGCAUCAGAGCCCCUCCGCCGGCCCCUAAACCUUCCCCUCCCCCUUUGCCGCCCCCUCCCGCCUCCGCCUCCCCCGGGAGAUCCACAUCCGCCUCGCCGUCGCCGUCGCCGACGCUCUCCUCCAUGGUCUCGAGAACCUUCUCAAACAGCGCCGCUUCCUCGUCGAGGCAACUCCCGUCGCUCUUCCGGGGCGUCCGCCCCAGCCCCAAACCUGGCGCGGCCCUCGCUGCGGCGGCCGCCGCGUCCCGCGCUGUCCUCACCCCGCACGCCGCGGCGAUUAAGUCGCGCCGCACCGCCUCCGCGCCCAUCGAGAAGCUCCUCGACGAGGGCUCCGGCUCCGAAGCCUCCGAGGGGAUCCCAUCCGCUGGAAAUUCGGAAGCAGAGGUAGCGGCAGAGAAGGUGAGUGAGGAAGUGGUUGCUAGGGUGACCGAGGAAAAUGUCGGUGGGAGUAGCAGGAGUGAAGAGUUGGAAGAGGGCAAACAUGGGGAAGUGGGGAUUGAAGAGAACUCCGAGCCCUCGGAAUCGGUGGAGGCAGGUGAGGUUGAUUCUGUUGCUGCCGAGAAUGUCAUUGAACCUGAGCAAGUUGAGGAUGACAAUUUGGCAGAAAUCAAUGCCGGGAUUCAAAUUGGGCUUGUUGAUGAGGAAAACAUUGAUGAGGAAACGAGAGACGAAGAUUUAGUGGCAUCUGACGAGGUUGUGGAUCAAGCUGAGGCUGUUUCCGAGGAGAAGACCGUUGAUGAGCUGGAGUUUGAUCGGUCUGACACUGAUUCGGUAGAGCAAGUGGAGUCGGAGAGCGUCAUUGACAAGGUGAUCGAGGAGAGGUUGGAGAUCAGCAGGAAGGCUGAAAAACAUACGGAGAAGAAGCCCAAGGUGUCGAUGAAACCAUUGGAGUGGGCGGAGGAGCUCGAGAAGAGGCAGGCCUCGUUCGGGCAACAUUGGGAGGAGGGAGCAGCAGCACAACCCAUGCGCCUGGAGGGGAUUGGAAAGGGCCAACCAGCAAUUGGUUACAUGCAGAUUGAGGUGGACAACCCAAUAACUCGUGCCAUGGCCACCCCGUCAUUUCGCAAGGACCAUGGCUCUCCCCAUGUGUUAGCAGCACAUAGGAGCUACCUAGCGAUGGGCAUGUCCAAUGGAUCUGUUAUUAUCGUCCCAAGCAAAUACUCCAUCCAUCAACCUGAUGAUACAGAUGCAAAGAUGCUGUUCUUUUGGAAUCAAGGUGAGAAAACUCAAUCACCAGUGACUGCCAUGUGCUUUAACCCGCAAGGGGAUCUUCUGCUAGUAGGAUAUGGUGAUGGCCAUAUGACAAUUUGGGAUGUACAGAAGGCUACUGCAGCAAAAGUCAUAUAUGGCGAGCAUACAGCACCUGUAGUGCAUGUUUGUUUUAUCCGCCAAUCUAAAGCCAUCACUGGAGAUUCAAAAGGGCAUGUUCUUUUGCACACAUUCUCGAUCAUCCCCGUCAUUAAUCGCUUGACUAUCAAGGGAACCCAGCGCCUUUUUGACGGAAAUGCUGGAAUGGUGCACUCAGCCUGUCCUCUUCUAGCGGAUGAAUCCUUUGGUUCUACCAACUCAUCUGCCCAGGGCAACCUAACAACUUCCUCGGGUGGUGGUCUUGGGAGCAUGAUGGGAGGUGUAGUUGGAGGAGAUUCUGGAUGGAAGUUUUUCAACGAAGGUUCUUCUCCAAUGGAGGAUGGUGUUACAGUCUUGUUCAAUAUGAAUCAACAUGCUCUUGUGGUUAGACUCCGUACCAACAUUGAUCAUGUUGACCAUAUUGAGACCUUCUCUAGACCAGAAGGAGCACGAGAAGGGUCAAUUUCUUAUGCUGCAUGGAAAUGGACAUCAUCCUUGGGUGAUUCGUCGCCAGUCGAUGAAGAACGAGUAGCAUGGCUUGCGCUUGCAUGGGACCGUCAAGUGCAAGUUGCAAAAUAUGUGAAAUCAAAGAUGAUCAAACAUAAGGAAUGGAAGCUUGAUAGUGCAGCCAUUGGUGUUGCCUGGUUAAAUGAUCAGAUGUUAGCUGUCCUUAAUCUGAGAGGGCAGCUUUGUUUGUUCUCAAAAGAUGGCAGUGAGCUUCGCAGGACUAUCUUUGUUCUUGAUGGUUUUAUCUUUGAUGACAGCAUACUGUUCCAUACACAUUUUUUGAACAAGUUUGGUAUUCCUGAAAGGCAUUUUAAUAACUCAGUAGCAGUAAGAGGUGCUACGGUAUAUAUUCUUGGCCCAAGCUUUCUUACAGUUUCGCGACUUCUUCCAUGGAAAGAGCGGAUUGAAGCACUAAAGAGGGCUGGUGAUUGGAUGGGUGCACUGGACAUGGCAAUGAAGCUUUAUGACGGUCAUACACAGGGUGUUGUUGAUCUCCCGAGAACAGUUGAUUCUAUAAGAGAAGCCAUAAUGCCAUAUUUAGUAGAGUUGCUGCUGUCAUAUAUAGGUUAUGUCUUCGAGUAUAUCUCAAUUGCAUUGUCAAACCAUACUGGAAAAGGGGAAGCAACAGAUGGCCUGAUAGACGCUGAUAGAUCCCUGCUGACACAGAGAGAGGAACAGUAUGCUCGUGUAGGAGGGGUUGCAGUUGAGUAUUGUGUUCACAUUGGAAGGAAUGACAUCCUGUUUGAUACAGUAUUUUCGAAGUUUGUUGCUGCACAAAGUGGAGGCAUGUUUCUGGAGGUACUGGAGCCAUAUAUACUGAAAGAUAUGCUUGGUUCUUUGCCCCCUGAGAUCAUGCAAGCUCUUGUUGAACAUUACAGUGGCAAAGGAUGGUUGCAGCGAGUCGAACAAUGCAUUCUUCAUAUGGAUAUUUCUUCACUGGAUUUUAAUCAGGUAGUCAGACUGUGUCGUGAACAUGGGUUAUAUGGUGCUCUUAUUUAUUUAUUUAACCAAGGCUUGAAUGAUUUUCGUACACCUCUAGAGGAACUUCUAUCUGUUAUCCAGAGCGUUGCUAGAAAAGAUGCUACUGCUACUUGCUACAGAAUGCUUGUUUAUCUGAAGUAUUGCUUCCAAGGCCUAGCAUUUCCUCCAGGGCAUGGAAUAAUUCCCCGAGGCCGUCUUCAUUCAGUGAGAAAAGAACUUCUGGAAUUCAUGCUUGAGGAAUCUAAAAUGCUCACUUCUGAAAUAUGUAAGGGGUUCAGUUCUUCUUGUGGGAAAUGCCCAAACAUAUGCUAUCUACUAUGGAUGGAUACAGAAGCUACUUUGGAAGUUGUCAAGUGUGCUUUUGAGCAAGAGAGUUUUGAGCAUACUUCUGGCACUCUUGAUACAUCUGUGUCCAAGGACGAGGAUAAUAAUAAUAUUGGAAGCCCAGAUAGUCAAAAUGUUUUGUUACAAAGUGUAGUUGACAUCAUCGUUCAUAUUGUUGGUUUAGAAAAUGAGGCGAUCCAUUCCAUUGUUGUGGACACUGCUGAGUCAGAAGAAUCAGAACUUUGGCCUUCAGUGAAUGACUUUGGUUACAUAAUUGAAUUUGUGUCCUGUUUUGUUUCCCGUAAAAGGGCAAAUGCAUCUCAAAGAGUUCUUAAGCACAUUCUUAAAUACCUUUCAUCAUCCAGUACUCCAUCAUAUGACGAUAACAAGAUGCUAAGUCAGAAAGAAGUUCUUCAGCUCUUCAAUGUGGUUCCUCAAACUGACUGGAAUUCUGAUUAUGUGUUGCAUCUCUGUUUAGAAGCCACUUUUCACCAGGCCUGUGGCAUGAUAUAUACAGCCAGAAAUCAACAUUUGGCUGCUUUAGAUAGUUACAUGAAGGAUACAGUGGAACCAUACCACGCUUUUGUCUUCAUCAACAAAAAGUUACUUCAAUUGGCAGGUGAUGAAGCUUUGGCAUUUCGUUCCACAGUAAUAUCCCGUUUUGCUGAGCUAGUCAAUCUAAGCAGGGAGUGUGCAUUUGUCUUGGUGAUUGAUCAUUUUCACGAUGAGAUCCAGCAAAUAUUGUCAGAGCUUCAUUCUGAUCACCGCAGCCUCUUUCUUUUCUUGAAAACUGCAAUUGAAGUACACUUGUCAGGAAAACUUGACUUGAGUGACCUUACUGCCAGAAACUAUCAAACUGUUGAACGUCGCUACUUUUCUGGCGAACUUGAAGAUUAUCUGCAUAGAUUAUCAAAUCUCCCGAAGUUGUUUGACCGCAAUCCUGUUUCUAUGACUGAUGAGUUAGUUGAACUCUAUCUGGAGCUUUUGUGUCAGUACGAAUCAAGGUCAGUUCUGAAGUUUCUGGAGACUUUCGAUAGCUACAGAUUGGAGAAGUGUUUGCAUCUUUGUCUACAUUAUGGAGUUACAGAUGCUGCUGCAUUUUUGCAAGAGAGGGUUGGUGAUGUUGGUAGUGCACUGGCACUUGUUCUAGCUGGACUCGAUGACAAAAUCAGCUACUUUGUUGCUUCGGUGGAAAAUCUGUUCUCCCCGAUAUCUUCAAAAAGUAUCUCUGGAAUUGAGAAACCAGAAACUGUUCUAAAAAUGAGUGAGGCUCAUCCGGUGCUUGAUGUGCUACAUUCCUCCAUUGGAUUGUGCCAAAGGAAUUCACAGCGCCUAGACCCAGAGGAGUCUCAGCUACUUUGGUUUCAACUGCUUGACUCCUUCUCGGAUCCACUGAAAAAGUUAUAUGGAAACAAAGUUGUAAAUGGAAAAGGUUCUUGGCCUGAGGGGCGUGAAACGACAAAUGGACAUCCAACAGGCAAAGGAUUCUCACAACAAAUAGUGAAUUCAAGUAACCAAAGGUGUUUGAAUACUUUGCGGAGAGUAUUCUCACAAUUCGUUGGAGAGAUAAUCGAGGCAAUGGCUGGGUAUAUACCCCUACCAGCAAUUAUGGCAAAGCUAUUAUCUGACAAUGGGAGUCAAGAGUUUGGUGACUUUAAACUUGUCAUACAUAGAAUGCUGUCUAUGUAUCUUUAUGAAAAACGAAUACUGGAAACAGCCAAGUCAGUUAUUGAGGAUGAUUCAUUCUAUAGCUUGAGCUUAUUAAAGAGAGGGGUUUGUCACGGAUUUGCUCCACAGACUUUUGUCUGCUGUGUAUGCAACUGCUCACUUUCUAAAGAAGAUGCUAUUUCAGCAGUUCGAGUAUUCAGUUGUGGACAUGCAACACAUCUUCACUGUGAGUCUGAGCAAAGCAAAUCAUCCAACAAGGAUUCCAAAGAUGGAUGUCCAAUUUGUCUCUCGAUGAGUAACACACAAACCCAGAACAAAUCACCUAUAAUAUCUGAGAAUGGGCUACCCAAGUAUCCUGUGGUUGAAAAUGAAGUAUCGUAUGGCAUCCAUCAUAAUCAUGAGUCAGAACAUGUUGAAAAAUCUCGUGGGAUUCAGCAGAUGUCACGGUUUGAAAUGCUGAAUAAUCUUCAGAAAGCACAGAAGUCUUUUCAUAUUGAAACUGUACCUCCAUUGAAACUUUCUCCACCAGCCAUAUAUCAUGAAAAGAUACAGAAGAGAGUGAGUUUGGUGGGAGAAUCCAGCAGGCAUUCUGUUAGAAGUGAAAAACAACAGAAAAUAUGGCAGAUGAAGGAGCCAAAAUCAAAGAAAUCAGGGAAUUGGCUUCCGCCAAAGUCAAGCAUAUUCAGUUCUGACAAGAACCAAGUGCGGUAGACUAAUGAUUGCACGUGACUGUAAGGUUGACUAUACAAUGAGGUUCUCAUCGUACUGGUGAGAAGUGUGCACUAUUCCCAGAUUGAUUUGCUUCAAGAAUGAAGCAGUGAACACCCUCCUUGUUCUGUGCAGCAACCAGACUCUUCCUCUCCACAAUGGCUGUCGAAAGCUCCACAAAAUUUACCAAUGUGCUUGAGCUGUUUGGCAUCACAAAAUUCCCAUCUUGGUGAUGCAUCCAAGUGGUUUGGACUAGUAUGAUUCUUCUCACGAUUUGAUGUUCGAAGAUUGCUUUGAGCAACGGGAAGAAUCAUAAAGGAAGCGAGAUGAUAAAUGCGACCCCAUGACUGUAAAGGCUGUAAAUUAGAAGACUGAUAAGAAACAAUUUUUUUGAAGCAGGAGCAUACGGUUGACGAACAUGGUCCACACACCAGUUAAUUGUAGAUGACUUGGUUCAUUCGUUGUAACGCAGGGAUGUAUAGUUGGUACAGAGUGAUAGUUUGAUAGAUCCAACUGAUGUACAGAGGCCCGUUAUGCAAUUCAUUGUAAAACAUGUUUGGUUAGAAGCUGUUGUAAAAUAUUCAGAUGCUCAGACGUAACCAAUAUUUCCUGCGAAAGAAAUAGUUCUUAUCUGAA